GACCCGGAAGCGCUGAACCAAUUGGAGGCAGGCAGAAAGAAUACCAAUCUUUAAUAAUAAAGCAAGACAAAAUCUGCAAUCGGGACAUCAGGAUGGCUGAGCCUCGGUUCAACAACCCCUACUUCUGGCCUCCGCCUCCCUCCAUGCCUGGCCAGCUGGAUAACCUGGUGCUCAUCAAUAAGAUCAAGGAGCAGCUGAUGGCUGAGAAGAUCCGACCCCUGCACCUGCCACCCAACUCAGCCCCCUCCCAGCAAACCCUGCUGGUGGCUUCCUCGCCCUCGGACGGGGGGCAGCAGCAGCAUGGCAUGCCCAAGCACCAGCAGGGGCAGCACCAUCCUCAGGGCUUGGUCCAGCAGCCCGACAUCGCCCUGCACGCCCGCCCAGCCUCCAGCUCUGUGCCAGACGUGAAUAUGGAUGACAAGUCAGCAGUGAAGGCCAAAGGACUGUGGGAUGAGUGGCACAUGCGACAGAUCGUAGAGCAGCCCUCUAGAGUUAACCAUCGGUCAGGUCUGGCCCGGCCGGACGGCCACAGCACUUCCGAGGCCCUCACGCCCACCACACCCACCUCCAGCAGCCAGAACCGACUGGGAGGGGCCCCAUCGGUCAACAUCAUCUCCGGGCUGGCCAGUGGGCCUGGCAUGGAGCAGAUGAAGAGCGGGGGCCUGGCCGGACUCCUCGGCCCUCCACCCAAGACACCCCGCGGGAGGAAGAAGAUCAAAGCAGAGAGUGGAGGGCCUCUUCUGGUGGUGCCCUACCCCAUCAUGGCCUCUGGCGCAGACCAGGGCUGCAUCACCUUCCCUGCCAAAGAGGGCAAAACAUACAGAUGCAAAGUGUGUCCGCUUACCUUCUUGUCCAAGUCGGAGAUGCAGAUCCACUCCAAGUCCCACACGGAGGCCAAACCCCACAAGUGUCCCCACUGCUCCAAGUCCUUUGCCAACGCGUCCUACCUGGCCCAGCACCUCCGCAUUCACCUGGGCAUCAAGCCUUACCACUGCUCCUACUGCGAGAACUCCUUCCGUCAGCUCUCGCACCUGCAGCAGCACACUAGAAUCCACACUGGUGACAGACCCUAUAAAUGCGCGGCCCCUGGAUGUGAAAAGGCCUUUACCCAGCUCUCUAACCUACAGUCUCACCAGAGGCAGCACAACAAGGACAAGCCGUACAAAUGUCCCAACUGCUACCGUGCCUACUCAGAUUCAGCAUCGUUACAGAUCCACCUGUCUACGCACGCCAUCAAAAACGCUAAGGCCUACUGCUGCAGUAUGUGUGGCCGGGCAUACACCUCAGAAACCUACCUUAUGAAGCACAUGUCCAAACAUACAGUGGUUGAGCACCUAGUGAGCCACCAGUCCCCCCAGAGGACAGAGUCCCCCAGUAUCCCAAUACGCAUCUCCCUCAUCUGAGCUCUCCACCCACACAGCAGUACUGUAUGUUGUUGUAUUCAUUUUCUAUGUAAGGGUGUAGUUUAGGGACCCUUCAUAUAAGGUCAUCGACACAAGGCCUACAUACAGUGCCUUUGGAAAGUAUUCAGACCCCUUGACUUUUUCCACAUUUUGUUACGUUACAGCCUUAUUCUAAAAUUGAUUUUUAAUAGAAAUCCUCAGCAAUCUACACACAAUACCGCAUAAUGACAAAUUGAAUACAGGUUUUUUGAAUUUGUAGCAAAUUUUAAUUAAAUAAAAAACAGAAAUAGCUUAUUUACAUAAGUAUUCAAACCUUUUACUAUUUUAUUUAACCUUUAUUUAACCAGGAAGGGCUCAUUGAGAUUAAAAUCUAUUUUUCAAGAGCGCCCUGGCCAAGAUAGGCAGCACCAAGUCAUUACAAAAAAAUUACUGACAGACAACAUGAAAAACUACAAGUAAUCUAGUAAAAACCAUUGAAUUCACAAGAGUAUAAAACAGCAAAUUAAAAACAUUGACAGGUCAGGGAAUCAGCCUCAAAAUCCUUCAUCAGUGAUUUAAAAACACCAAUCGGGACAAGUUCUUCCAGUUUAAAAGUAUUUUGUAAGGUGUUCCAAGACGAUGGCGCAGAGUACAUAAAAGCCCUUUUACCAAAUUCAGUUCGGACAUUUGGAACAGUUAGCAGGAUAAAGUCCAGAGAAUGAAGAGAGUACCCACCACAUUUCUGAACAAUAAAAAUGCCCAAAUAAAAAGGUAGUAAACCCAAAAUGGCUUUGUAAAUAAAAGUAUACCAGUGACUGAGCCUACGAGUGACUAGAGAAGACCAGCCAACCCUGGUAUACAAAGUGCAGUGGUGCGUAAGGGUUUUGCAGUUUAAAAUAAAUCUCAAAGUGCCAUGGUAAAGAGUGUCAAUUGAUCUCAAACACUGAGCGGAAGCAUUCAUAUAUAAAAUAUCUGUGAUAAAAUGCUGGGUUCGUUGUCUGAGUCAGGCGCAAGACACAGGUUUGAGAAAACACAAAAGUCUUUCCUCAAAAUAUUUAAAACCGGAAUAUCUCCAACAAGGAAACAUAAAGUCUAGAGAAAACCCUCCAACACACACGGUAACACAAAACAAUCACAGACAAAACAGAAAGGUAGACGAGAGGGUAAAUAAGGAACAUAAUAAGGGAAUAGAAAUCAGGUGUGCGUAAUCAAGACAAAACAAAAGGAAAAAACGAAACAUGGAUCGGUGAUGACUAGAAAGCCGGUGACGUCAACCGCCGAACUCCGCCCGAACAAGGA